AUGUCGAUAACCAAAGAUCUUGUGAUAAAUUUUGACUAUCAUAAAUUCCUAUGAAAAUUGUUUUUAUUCGUCUGUUUACUGGAUAGUUUUAACUGCUUAGAAAUUAUUGUGAUAUAUGAAAAAAGCAACUCCAGCAUAAACAAACAAUGCGUUUUGAGCUUUUUUGCUGAAGCAAGCUCCCUGGUUGAAUGAUAUAAUUGCGAAUAUUCUGAGGCAACAACUUGCCUUAGUUCUUAUGAGAAUGCUGUGCUCGUUUUAGAUUUAACAGAUCGCAUCGAAACUCAGUAUUUUUUAUCAGAAUUAUGCAAGGAAAGAGAAAUCCCACACUUGGUGUUUGAAAAUAAGCUAAAUUAUUCUGAUAAAUGGACUUUUUCAGUAAAACCAUCACCCUUAAAAGAAAUAAACGCUUUUAUUGCUGUGCUUCGUUAUUUUGGAUGAACCCAAGGUCUAGUCAUUUAUGAUGGGUUUCAGGAUUUUGUAAAAGAAAAUCACGAUAAAUAUUCAGAAAAACUAAAUUUUUUAGCAAUUGAACCUGAGGCAAGUAUUAGUGAAUUAGUAAAUAGAAUUAUCACACCUCUUGGCGAAACUCUUUACUAUAUAUUUUUGAAAACAGCUGAAUCAUUAAAACUGCAGAGUAUUUUAACGACCACAAAGCUUUUAGCUAGUGGAAAUGGAAUUAUUUUUGAUCAAAAAAGCAGUUAUCAAUGUAUUAUUGAUGGAGCUUUAAUUAUAACCGCCAAAGGCCAGGAGCUAAUUUCUUCAGAUGAAGAAUAUAUAAAGUCGGCGAUGGGAAAUGUGAUUUAUUACUUAUUAAGCCAUAUUAAAACAGAAAACAGUAUGGAAGUCUAUUUUUGAUUAAAUUCUCUGAUGGAAAGUCAACGCAGUAUAAAUGAGUUUUCUUUAGUUAACAUUCAAGAUGGGCAAAGAGUAAUAGUAGGAGAAAUCAUUAAUGAAAGUUUAUAUUUGUUUAGCAAUUUCAUUUUCCCAGAUAAUUCAACAGAAAUUCCAAGAUCAGCUAAAAAAGUUUUAAAGCUUAGCAUUGAAGUUGGCUCUUCAAAUCCUUCAGGUCCGCCUAUUGCUCUAGGAAAAGUUGGAGGAUAUGGCUCAUAUGCAGCUUGUGAUAUAAUUAAUGGCCAAAGCUCUGGGCUACUAAAUAAUUUUCAGGUCGAGAUGUUUAAUUUUGACUGCGGUACCUCAAUUUAUAACAACACAUAUGCUAAUGCAUGCUAUUUAAAAGAUAAAGAUAAAUUUGGCUUAGGGCAUGUGGCAGCUUGAUCUUCCGUUAUGGUAAUAGGGUCAAUGAAAUCUUUUAAACAGCUUAAUUUAACAUUCCCCAUAGUAAGUGCUUCGAAUUUAGAUGCAAGUCUGAAUUCCACCACAAUUUUCCCGAUGUAUAUGAGAGUUACAGCAUCAUUUUCUUAUAUGUACUCUCUGGUCCCAAUUUUUAUCCGAGCUUUAGGAUGAGAAAAAGUUGCUGUUAUUUACCAAAAUGAUACAUGAGGGCUAUCUGGAUAUCAUUAUUUAACUCAGGGAAUCAAAAAUCAUCAUAUUUCUCUCGUUAACCCAGAAAAUACUAGAGCAAUUCCGCCAAGUCUUGAUCGAAAUGGUGUAAAAGAAUAUUCGAGCCUUCUCCAAGGAAUAAUAGACUCCCAAGCAAGAUUUUUGAUUUCAAUUUUGCUUUACCCUACUGCCUACUAUAUUUUUGAAGAGUUCUAUGAUCUCGGGUUAAGACAAGGAGACCUUGUCAUUUUUACAACAGUUUCUGAUUUAACCACAUUUUCAGCAUAUGAUUAUGCAUUUAGUUAUAAAAUAUUAGAAAUUGCUGUCCCAAUUAUUACCAUAUAUGGACAAUGCUGAGUCGGACCAUUAGGAGAAAAAGCAUUGACACAAAUUUCAAAAUCCUAUGGGGGAUUAAUAAAUUCUUAUAGCUGCUUUUAUUUCGAUUCAGUAUAUUUGAUUGCUUAUGCUUUAGAUUUCAUGAUUAAUAGAGGAUUAGAUUAUACAGAUCCUGAUAAAUUGCAAAAAACAAUGAGAAAUCAGCAAUUUUAUGGAUGCACUGGACAAGUUAACAUCGAAAAAGGGUCAAAUGAUCGCAUUAUUCAAUCUUUUGAAAUCGUCGCUAACAAGCUGGGCGACAAUGGCAAUAUUACCACUUAUAUUAUGGGAUACUUUCGGCCUCAAAGCACACAAUUAAUAACAAUCCAAGAGCCUAUGAUAUAUACUGAUGGCUCAACUACUAAGCCAGCCGACCUAAGGAACAGCAAUAAUGAGUGUCCUUUUCCCAGCAGGCUUGCAAGAACUUUUGCAAAAGGAAGAGCAUUGGCAUUCGGAAUUUGUUUUGCAGUAGCAUUGAUUUCUCUAAUUAUUACCAUUUAUAUAUGAAAAAAGUGAUGGAAAUUUUCGAUAGAGCCUUUGACUAUUAAAGAAGAAAUUUGUGUCCAAGAUGUUAUUUUGGCAGGGACAAUUAUAAUUGAAUUUUUUCAGUUUUCUUCAAUGGGGCCUGAUUUUUCAGCAAUUGAUUCAACAUAUGCUGAUAUAAGUGACUCUUUUUCACUAAGUUUAGACCAUAUUUUGAGACUGAGAAAUGGAGUCUUUUGAAUUGUUGCUAAUGCUGUUUUUGCAUCUAUUGGCUUGUGAGUGAUUUUAUGCUCAGUGGUUCUUUUUAGACUUGAUGAAAAAUUCCCUAUGAGCUUUGUAUUUACAUCUUUAUCUGGAGUAAACAAAGCCAUUGGCAAGAAUUAAUUUUUUAGGCAAAAAUAGUGUCUGAGAGUGAGCCAAGGUUUUUGAUAUAUAAAUGAUAAUUAUUUAUUCAUUUUUUUUAAUUCUUCAAAGGCUUAAAAUUUAAAGUAAUUUUCAUUAAAUUUGGAAACUAAAAAAAUAAGCGAGUAAAUAAAUUGCUCUCUAAUGAAGGAUGAGCUAGGAAUUUAGGAACUUUAUCUGAUUACCUGAUGCCUAUUUUAGGCGAUCUUUGUUUUAUUCCGUUUAUUUCAGUUUGUCUUGAUAUCUUUUUAUGUGAUCAGUCUAUUGGAGAUAAUUUUACGGAUAGUUUUUUAGCAGCAGAUUGCUAUUAUUUUUGUUGAAAAGACGAGCAUUUAGUUUAUGCAGUUUUUUCUAUUAUCGCUUUAAUCGCUUAUGAGCCACUAGCAGUAUUUUGUAGGCCUCUUUGGCAGGAGUUGCAGCCUAUUUUGCAUGUAAAAGCAGUUCCACUCUUUUUGAUGGUAAAAACAAUGGUUCAAAUUGCAUUAAUUGUGAUGAAUAAAACAGUAAAAAGGGCACAGAGUAUUCUUCACGGAAUUCUUUUUCUAAUAGUGAUGAGUUUUUAUAUUAUUUUUUUAUUUAAAUUCAAGCCUUACAACUACGCAAGAUUCAGCUGAUGGCAAACUUUAAUUUUAAUUGCUGUUUUAUGACUCUCUUUCCUUUCAGUAAUCGAGCAAAGUAUUGGCGGGAACCAAAUUAUUCUGAUAUCAAUUUUAUGCUUUGGAUUUAUAAUUAUUGGAUUACUUGGUCUUUAUGUUCAACAUAAAAAGUAUCCAAGUCUUCUAUUUCGGAAAAAGGGGCAGGACACGUCAAGUUUGUUUGUAUUUGCUUUUUCUUUUGGAAAGCAUUCAAAAUUGGCUUUGUCUAAAAUUGUUUCAAGCUCCAAGAUAGGCAUGGGAUCUUGAAAAUAA